AUGUCAGAGCAUGUGAACGGUGGGAUCUUUCCUGCGCCAAGAAAUGAAUACAAUGAGGCAUUUUUCAACAUGCAAGAUAUCUCCAUCAGUUUCGAACAGGACUCGUUUAUCGAAGCGAUGGAAGAUGAGGUGUAUGAGGAUGAUUGUAAAUCCUUUGAAUUCAUAAUGGAAAUCGAAGAGGAUCGAUCAGCCAAAGUGACACUCAAAGUGACGAGGAAAGGAGCCAAAAUUGAUACAAUCGAUAUUGUAAUCGUGAUCAGCAAGGAUUUAUUGAAAAAAUCCGGACAUUUGUUCGUCGUGAAAAGAGAAGAUUUUCGGAAGUUCAAGAAACAAGAAAGUGAACGAUUUUUGGUAGGAGAAGCGGCUCAAGGACUUAUGAAUCUCAGUAAAAUUGAAGAAUCUUUGCCGAAGACUGAAAAAGCUAAAGCACCACAGCCGGAUUUGUGUAGGAAUUGCAAGAUGGCGAUGAACUCAACCGCAUUACCCAUUUCUUUCCCAACGUUUCCCGUCAAUUUUCCACAAGUUUUCAAUUUGAAGCCACCGAUAAGACCAGCAAUACCUACAAGUAGUGCAAAAGUGAGAAGGAAAAUCGAGACGUUCCAUCAAUUGCCCAAACAUCCAGAUGAGAUUCCGCUUCUCAUCGACAAAAAGAGUGCGGUCCGGGACGAGCAAGGACAAUUAUUGGAUGAAUACAGAAGCACUGAAUGGAAGAGUGAGGAAUGGGCAAAGGAAAAACUUUGCAAUUUCUCGCUUUCUACCCCACCUCCACCAUCGUUGUUGUAUCAGAAGAAAAGCUGUGGAGCGAAUAGAAAAGAGCAAAAUGAGCUGAAUCCGUAUGAACUGACAAACGAGGAUUACUCACAGAUCAGCAAUGGAACGCUGGCUACGAGUAUCAGAGUUGCUUUAAACCAUUACACGAAAAACAAAACAGCAGAUAACAGCAUAGCGGUUUGGAAAGCGAUUAUGGAUCGAGUUGUGAACUUACGGCAAUCGAAUAAGCACAAACGAGAGAAAUGGCAGAAAGAGAAAUGGUUUACAGCCACCGUUGCAGUGUUUAGUUCGCAUUUCCUAUUACUGAGAGAAGUCUUCCAAGAAGUGACCAUCGGCCUCAAACAACCCAUUGAAAUGGUGAAUGUUUUGCGGGAAAUCGAGGCAGCUUGUCACGAAAAUACAACUGAAUAUGAUGAUCGAAUCAAAAAGAUCGUCGAAUAUGCCCAAGAGGAGGCUGGUCGAAGGCCAAAAAAGAGAGCAGUUCAUGUAAAAGGAGAAUCUCCUUAUCCAGAUGAACCAAAAGAUGAUGUUGAAGAAGAAAAAGAUGAAAAAGAGUCGGUGAAAAAAAUUCUCCAGCAAAUGGCUCCUCUUAUAAAAGAUAAACCACCG